AUGGCCUCCGCGGGCGAAAAGAUGCCACCUGGCCAGACGGUCAUGGAGCAGAUCGAGCACGAGGACCAGUUCGACGAGAAAAAGUCCUAUUCCGACCAGGUCCUGGACGUCCCGUCUGUCGAAUAUGAAGACAAGAACAGUGGCUUGAUGGACUUUGGCACUGAUGAUCCUUUCCCCGUCGAUCCAGAUGCACCUGAGGAACAGCAGCUCACGUUCCGUGCAGUCUUCGUUGGAUGCGCGCUCGGUGCCGUGAUUUCGGCCAGCAACGUCUAUCUCGGCCUCAAAACUGGCUGGACGUUUGGCGCGUCCAUGUUUGGCUCGAUUUUCGGCUUUGCCAUCCUCAAGCCGCUAUCCAAAGCACUCCCCGAAUGGUUAGGGGGAGGAUACUUCGGGCCGAAGGAAAAUGUCUGCUGCCAGAGUGCGGCUACGGCUGCGGGUUCCCUAGGUCUUCUGUUCAGUUCUGGCUUCCCUGCGGCGUAUCAGCUUGGCCUUCUUGGGAAGGACCCCUCUGCUGACUUUGGCCGUCUUAUCACCUUCACCAUCUGUUGUGCAUAUGUCGGCAUUUUCUUCACCAUGCCGUUGCGGCGGUUGUACAUCCUCAAACUCAAACUGACCUUCCCAAGCUCCGUCGCGACUGCGUACACCAUCCGCUCGCUGCACGUGGGCGCGGACGCCGCCGCCAAUGCGCGCAAGAAGACGUGGGCGUUGGCGAUCGCGUUCGGGAUUUCGAUCAUGUGGCGCGUCGUGAGCGAGUACGCACCGGGGAUCAUGUGGGACUGGCACUGGAGUUGGUGGUUCUACCGCGCGGGCUGGAAAUGGAUCAUCUGUGCUGAGAGCUGGGGCUGGAUAUGGGAGUGGACGCCCGCCUUCAUCGGCGUUGGGCUGCUGGUACCAAUGAACAGCUCGGUCUCGUUCGUUGGUGGCGCCGCUCUUGCGUGGGCUAUCAUCGGGCCCGCUCUCGUCACGACCGGCCGGGCGUUCGGUGAGGCAUACGCCGCGCAGUAUCCAGGCUACAUCAACUACGCGAACAUGGUCCUCGAUGACCCGGUGCACAAGCCAUCGCCCGAGUACUGGAUGAUCUGGCCGGGCUGCAUGCUCCUGCUCACCGCAAGCGUGAGCGAAAUUGGCGCGAACUACAAGUCGAUCGUGACUGCGUUCUCGGUGAUGCUCGCGCCCCUUAUCGAGCGCAUCCGCCCCGGCUCGACGGGCGACGUCAAGGAGGAAGAUGGGUUCUUCGACCCUGUGCCUCCAGAGGAGCAGACGCCGUGGUGGAUGUGGGUCGGCGGCCUUGUUGUGAGUACGAUCAUGACGAUGUGCGUGAUGAAGUACCAGUUCGGCCAGAACGCGGGCAUCACGCUUUUGUCUAUCGUCUUUGCAUUCAUCUUCUCGCUCGUUGGCGCCGAGUGCGUUGGCCGCGUGUCAGUGAACCCGGUCACCACGCUGGGCAACUUCUCGCAGCUGAUCUUCGGCGGUAUCUCUAAAGGCUCGAAUAUGCCCCAGGCACAGAACCAGCUCAACAACGGCCUGACGGGCAUGAUCACGCUCGCCGCAGCCGAGCAGUGCUCCGACAUGCUCGGCGACCUCAAGACGACGCACCUCCUCGGCGCAUCGCCGCGCGUGCAGCUCUACGCACAGUGCGCGGGCGCGCUCGUCUCCAUCUUCCUCUCGACGGCGAUGUACGUCGUCUUCUCGACCGCGUACCCGUGCAUCAACACGCUCUCGACGACGACGUGCUCGUUCCCCGCGCCGGACGUCGCCGCGUGGCGCGCAGUCUCACUCGCCGUGUCCGACCCGUCGCUGCCCAUCCCGCUGUCGUCAGGGGUCACCGCACUCGUGUUCGGCGGGCUCGUCAUCGUCUCGACGGCCGUGAAGCACCGCUACGUCGCGCCGGCACAGCACAAGUGGUUCCCGAACUGGAACGCGGUCGGCAUCGCGAUGGUGCUCGGCCCGUCGAACGUGUACCCGACGGCGAUGAUGUUCGGGAGCCUCAUCGCGCUCGUGUGGCAGCGGCGCUUUGCGGGCUCGUGGAUCAUGUACGGCUACGCGGUGGCGGCGGGCAUGAUCGCGGGCGAGGGCCUGGGUGGGAUCGUCAAUGCGGCGCUGCAGAUUGGGAAGGUGUCGGGCGCGAUAUACGGCACGAGCGUGGGCUGCCCGAUGAACGCGUACUGUGGAUGA